CGUUUUGAAAGAUAUCCUUCAACUAUUCAGCACCAGUGAUGUCUGUAACAGAAGACCUUCGACCUCAAAAUCGAACGCAACCAUAUCCAUCGCAGAGCUGGCCUCCUCCAGAGUUCUGGGACAAGCUAUCCCGUGUGCCGCUUUGUCGUCGUGCGCUCAUCGAAUUCAACAGACGGGCCGUUCAACUGACUGCCCCUAGAUCACGUUCGGAGCGUGACAUUGAGGGUAGGCUGCAUGAAAUCGAGGACAGGCUAGUCGUGCAACUCAAGCGCUUUGCUCGCCGUGGUGGCCCAGAUCUUCGCAGCAUUCAAGGGUAUUCAGAGCCAAAUCCACAAUUCAGGAUGAGCCCUGGACGUGCCCAAUCCAAGCAGUCUGAUGCUGCCCAGAGCAAAAGAAUCACGACCAAAGAUCCUGUUUUUCAGCAAGCACUUGCCGAUGGUGGUGUUUUUCCCCCGGGAGAAAUAGAAUUUCCGCCAGCCAACUUUGAGGACAUAGCAACAAGACUGACGCAGCGCCGUGCGUCUCUAUCUCCUGUCGAUGGUUUCCGAGGGGAAUUCUUGAAAUUCAAGGGUUACAACCAAAAAGCCGGGUCCGAAGCAGAAGUCUCGAGCCGAAUAUUCUCAAUGAUUGUAGAUAAAACCAACAUCCCAUCUGGUUACAAUCAGGUGUUCAACAACCUCACGCCGCUUGUCGAAAACAUAGCACAUCCAAAGCCAGACUACUUCAAUGGCUCUAGCCCAGUCGAGAUCUCUCGGCAAGUUCGUGAUGAUCUCAAGGAAUACAUUGUGCCUUCCACCCAUCAACACUGGCCCGCUUUGCCAAACCUUUUCGCCGAACUUAAAGGUCCAGACGGGAAUAAUUCAGAAGCUAAGCGUCAGCUCAUGCAGGACCUUGCGGUGGGCGCGCGAGGAAUGCAAAUGAUACAAUCCUACAAGCUGGACGAGCUUGUAUUUGAUGGCAACGCCCAUACGUUUGGAGCAAUUUAUAUGAACAACCUCCUUCAGAUCUUCGCAAUGCAUCCAACUAAGCUAAAUGAAGAGAGCAAGAAACCCGAGUUCCAAAUGACCGUGAUCAAAGGGGUUUAUAUGACCAACAGCGUGGAGUCAUACAUAGAGGGGAUCACCGCAUUCCGCAACAUGCAGGAUUUGGCCAAAGAGAGAAGAGCAGAAUUCAUUGCAUGUGCCAAUGAGAGAGCUCGACGCAGACAUGAUGAGUCCGAGGUUGUUUCAGCCGAUUCUGACUUAACUUCACGCCGUUCAACUAGACAGUCGAUGCAAAGCGAGUCCGUCGCCAACCAUGACGAAUCAAAUUCGACCCCAAUGGACAGGCUCCAAUUACCAACACCGCCGGAAAAACGCAAGAGGAUGUAUCAUCUCGGACGUAACAGAAAAAGGCAGAAGACUAGUGACUUCACCGCUGGUGAUAACGAUGCUAGCGAUGAGUACGAUGAGCACGAUGAGCACGAUGAGCACGAUGAGCACGGAUGAGCACGAUGAGCACGAUGAGCACGAUGAGCACGACGAUAGCGAUGAGCACGAUGAGCACGAUGAGCACGAUGAGCACGACGAUAGCGAUGAGCACGAUGAGCACGGCGGCCACGACGGCCACGACGACCACUAUCAGCACGAUGAGCACCACGAUAGCGAUGAGGACGAUGAGAGCAAUGAGAGCGAUGAUAGCUAUGAGAACAAUGGGAGCGAUGAGAGCGAUGACUAGCUGUCCAGGUCGCUUCAACUGAUCA